UAAUAGAUGUAAUAAAAUUAAUCAAUUUUGAUCUAUCAUUUACCGACAUUCAUACAGUUUUACGAUUGGCAAAUAUUCUUCAGUUAAUAGAAGAUUCACCUUGAUGUAUUGAAGAAAACAUUAAACAUAACGUAGGAAGGUGAUAUCUUUCACUGGUUACUGAUCUGGCCUGGUCACGUCAAAAAAAGUGUAAAAAAAAACCGUGUAUUUCUGAAAAGAAGAAAUGCCGGACAGUGGUGCGGUCUACCAACCUACCACCGUAGGAUAUACGUAUGAUAGUGGAGGUGACGGUACCGGUAGUGCAGGUGGAAUAAGAAGUGGUUUUUGGAGAAUUGCAUCCAGGCAUAAGAUUAAUUCUAGAAAAUGGCUAGAAUGGACGUUACUAUCAGUUGGAUUGUCCUUCUUCGUCGUUGGACUCACCACAAUGCUCGUGAGUCUGGUCUCAUCCGACGACAUUAAUCAGCGAACUACGGAGGUAAAGCAGGGAUCAUCAACUGGUGCAAGUAUUGAAGUGGAGGAGAACGUAGAAGAAACUUCAAGAGGAUCUGUAGCAAUAGGAGCAGGCAUGAUGUUUGUUGGAAUAUUAUUGUCUAUUGCUUGGGCAUGGCUUCGAUUCUUCCAACGCAGCAAAUCACCAAGGGGUGGAAUUACAGGAGGUAGUGGUCAGAUGUUGGGCGGUUUGAAUCCAUCGACUGACUUGCUGGUGGGUUCCACUUCGCAGUACGGGCCAGUACUUACGGAGUUGCCGAGUCAGCUGAAGUUAAAAGAAGCAAAUAUACAUGAGACGCUAGUAGCACCACUUUCUGAUCAAGAAGAGGAGACCCUUACUCUAAUGUUGGAUCCUAAUACAUCUACAACGCUUGCUGUUGACCCUAAUAGUGCUGCUAACCAGAUUCCAGGUUGAGUACAUUCAUUCAUCACACUGAAUGCAAUAGAGUGACCUGAAGUGAACAUUGCUUUACUUUUAUAAAUCUGAUAGUACUUAUCAGAAACUAAAUGCUUACAUUUUCUCACAAGAGAAAAAAAUCUUGUUUUUAACUCUCUAUUAGUCUGCCCACAAUGAUGAGAAUCAUUGUAUAAAUAACAUCAAGUUGUAAGUUCAUAUUUAAUAUUUGUUGGCUAUACCAUCUAUUUUCACAGCCUAGAGCUUUUAGUUAUACAAGUCUAUAUCAAUAUAUGUCAUACAAGUAAUGAUGUGAGAUCUCAUUUUUAGAGUCUUUCAUAAUA